AUGAAGAUUGACCGGAAGAAAAUCGCAAAAGCUCACAUUCAAAACUCAAGAGACACUUUCCAGCGCGCCGUGAUGCCGUUUCUCCUCUUGAGCCAAUUCUUCGGUCUUCUGCCCGUGACUGGCGUGACGGCGAAGGAUCCGGAGAAAAUCUCCUUCUCCUGGCUACAAUUGAAGACAAUCAACACGCUGAGUCACAUCUUCUUUGCCAUUCUUUUGCUGUUCUUCUACAUGAAACACAUUUCCUCAAUUGGCAUCACAGCAAAGAAUUUCAUUGCUUUCGGCUUUUACACAACGUGCUUCAUCAGUUACAUCUUCUUCCUGUGGCUCGCGAUGAAGUGGAAGGACAUCAUGACAUUUUGGGUGGAGAGAGAAAACACUUUUCUCAAGUAUCCUUACAAAACUGCUCGCAUUUCCGUCGUGACUCACCUUCGAUUCCUCGGAUUCUUCUUAUUGGGCCUCGCAUUGAUCGAGCACUCACUGGCCAUCGCCAAUGGAGCCUACAACAUCAUGCAAGAAGCGUCUUUCUGUCAAUACAACUUCACGACAUUUUCAGAUAAAACAGCGUAUUUCUAUUUAAAGUACUAUUCCCACAUUUUCACCAUCAUUCCAUACAAUAUGCCACUAGCUCUGGUCUUAUUGUGGAUGAAUUUCAGCUUGACUUACGCGUGGAAUUUCAUCGACAUCUUCACGAUUUUGGUCGCCGUGGGCGUGGCGAAGAGAUUCGAGCAGAUCAACAAUCGCCUGCAAUUGGUGAAGGAAAAAGCCGUUCCUGAGCAAUAUUGGCUCCAAAUCCGACUUCAUUACGUUCAAGUGUGCGAAAUCGUUGAAUAUGUGGAAGAUUACUUAUCGCCCAUCAUCUUACUGUCCAGCGCCAAUGAUUUCUACUUCAUUUGCUAUCAACUCUUGCACGUUUCCAACGUUUUGCCGUAUCAAAUGAAUUACGUUUACUUCUGGAGUUCACUCCUUUAUCUCAUCUUUAGGACUUUCUGCCUCUUCCUCUUCACCGCCGAGAUCAAUGAUCAGUCCAAAAGACCUCUUGAGAUCCUCAAAACCAUUCCAUCGUUUUCCUGGUGCGAAGAACUCGAGCGAUUCAUUCAUCAAACGUGCAGAGAAUCCAUUUGCUUCUCUGGCAUGAAGUUCUUCUCAUUCACAAGACAUCUUGUCUUGUCCAUGGUCGGAUCUGUGAUCACUUAUGAGCUCGUCCUGAUGCAAGUUGAUCACAACAGUGAAUCGAAGGCUCUGCGAGUGUCCCAAGUGAAUUCCACUCUUCCGCCGAUUGCGUGUGAUUUUUCCUUCGAGCUUUACGGCUUCUAAAUGCUUCUGGUCACGCUAAUCCCUUUCUAAUUACCACCAGCAGAUUUUAUCAAUAAACACA